GGAUGUGAUGAAGAAUGUAGACGGCGAGCCAGAAACGGUCUUCGAGACAUUAGCCUACAAGCUCACAGGUGUUUCACCUCCACAGGUGACACUUCAAGAAUUUGAUCAAGAUUCGAGAGAAAUGGGUCGACAAUCAGAGAUAGAAGCCGUUCAGGCUGUAUAUCCCUCUGCUACAUAUGACUCAGAGACCUCCAUCUUGUCCAUACCUUGCUUGACGGCACCCGUUAGCUUUCAUGUCAUCUAUCCAAAACUUCACCCAUAUCCCGAAACCACCAGAAUUCCUCCUUUUUACAUUUCCUCGAACUCAAUAUCCCCUUAUAUUCGUCUUCACCUUACUUCUGUUGUCUUUUCUGCUAUCGCACCCAACGGAGAACGGUAUGAGAAUGAAAGCAUCUGCUUCAACGCCAUUGAAGCAUUGGAAGCUGGUUGGGAGGCAGUAGAAGCAAACGGACCACCCAAGCUAGAAGAUGUUUUGAGAAAUCUUUUGCCACCUCCUACCAAAACUGCAGCAUCAGAGGAAAUGCAGCUUCCUACAGGCAAAGCCAAAUCUACCUCCCGAAGUAAAUCACUAGAUUCGAGAACGGACCAACAUAUCCUAGAAGAGUUCCAAACCCUCAAAGCAUCGAAAGCCUACAAAGUAAUGGAAGAAGCCCGUAAGAGGCUUCCCGCCUGGGACAACCGAGAGAAGAUCAAACAGAUGAUUAUUGAAAAUCAAAUAAUCAUAGUAGUUGGCGAGACCGCAGUUCCUCAAUUCAUACUAGAUGGACAAAUCGAAUCUCUGAACGGGUCAAAGACUUCCAUCAUCGUCACGCAACCAAGACGAGUUUCAGUCCUCGGCGUAUCCGCUCGUGUCUCUGCAGAACGUAUAGAAGAUGGCUCUGUCGGAUACUCUAUUAGAGGGGAAAGUCGUACGAAGCCUACCACCAAACUCUUGUUUUGCACUACUGGUGUCUUACUACGACGAAUGGCCUCCGGAGAUAGAUUGGAAAGCGUGACACAUGUCGUAGUGGAUGAGGUCCACGAGCGAUCUGUGGACAGCGACUUUCUGUUAUUGGAGUUGAGAGAAAUCAUCAAAUCUAACAAAAAUCUCAAGAUCAUUCUUAUGAGCGCCACCAUCAACCAGAGAGUGUUCUCGGAGUAUUUCCAUCAAGCACCUGUUAUCGAGAUACCCGGAAGAACAUUUCCGGUGGAUAGACUAUACUUGGAGGACCUCCUUCCGAAAAUUGAUUACAGACCAUCAUUGGUCCGAGGAUCUGAACGACUCACUGCAGAACAAUCCGAAUCCUUCCAGACUUACUUUGAGAAGGCCGGUGUGCCAAAGGAGGUU